CACACACUCAUUGUCACAUCCUCCUUACACUUCACCACUACGACCACCACCACGACCAUGUCCGGCAUCGUCACGAAGCUCGACAGCGUAAUCACGCAGCUGGCCGACCUGGCCGACAACCCGGCGUUUCCGUACCGCACGGCGGUGAUCUGGCUGUCGAGUCUGCAGACGGCAUGGGAGCUCUAUGUCGACCGCCGCCAGGUGCCCAAGUUCUCCAUCCCCUUCCCGCCGCCCGAGCUCAAGGACCACCUGAAGAAGGACACAUUCAAAAAGGCCCAGUCGUACGGGCGCGACAAGCUCAACUACUCUAUCGCGCACACGGUCUACAGCUUUGCGGUCGGCCUCGCGUUCGUGUACUUUGGCGUGUUUGCGUCGACGUGGGAUAGUGUCGCGCGCUUCAUGGCGCGUGUAGGGAUUGCGUCGAGCCGGACUAUUGUCCACUCGCUGCUGUGGAUGUCCUACCUCACCAUCCUCCCGGCCAUCCCCGGCCUCGCAUGGUCGUACUACUACAACUUUGUGCUCGAGCAGAAGCACGGCUUCAACAAGUCGACCGUCAAGCUCUUCAUCACCGACACGCUCAAGACGUGGCUCCUGACCGCUGUCAUUGGCCUGCCCGUCCUCGCGGGCUUCCUCAAGAUUAUCGACAUUGCCGGCAAGAACUUUGUCGCGUGGCUCAUGCUCUUCCUCCUCGGCAUCCAGCUCAUCCUCCAGAUCAUCUUCCCCAUCUUCAUCCAGCCUCUGUUCAACAAGUUCACCCCCGUCCCCGAGGGCGACCUCCGCAACCGUGUCGUGGCGCUCGCGACCAAGCUCAAGUUCCCCCUCACGCACCUCUACGUCAUUGACGGCUCGAAGCGCUCGUCCCACUCCAACGCCUACUUCUACGGUCUUCCGUGGUCGAAGCGCAUCGUGAUUUACGACACGCUCAUCAAGGAAUCGACCCCCGCCGAGGUCGAGGCCGUUCUUGCUCACGAGCUCGGGCACUGGUACCUCUCCCACCCCACUCGCCUCAUCCUCAUCGCUCAGGGCCACCUCCUCUUCACCCUCUUCAUCUUCUCCAUCUUCAUCCACAACAAGGCUCUCUUCGAGGCCUUUGGCUUCGACCCCCGUCUUGCCGUGUCAUCGCCCACUGGCGGCUCUCAGCCCGUCGUUAUCGGCUUCAUCCUGUACCAGCUCCUCUUUGAGCCCCUCGACACGGUCGUCAAGUUCUUCAUGAACUCGAAGACGCGCCAGUACGAGUACGAGGCUGACGCCUUUGCCGUCCGCCUUGGCUUCAGGAAGGAGCUCGGUGACGCCCUCAUCAAGCUCCACGUUAACAACCUCUCGGCGCCUCACUCGGACAAGCUCUACUCUGCCUACCACCGCUCGCACCCCACUCUCCCUGAGCGCCUCCGCGCCAUGGACGAGUACACUGGUGCUUCGUGGCUCAAGCUGUCGCCCAAGGCCAAGAAGCAGGAGAUUGAGGAGCAGCACAAGAAGGAGGACUGAAAGGUCAAGGAAGAAGAAGCUGAAAACGUGCCCAAGUGCCACGAUGGAGCCUCAUAGCUACCCCAUUUGAGCAGCGAGUCGUACCUACCCCGUCGAGUUCUACCCCCUACCCCCCUUUGGAGGCAACUCCAAUCUAUACACUGUGCAUAGACGUGACUAUGCAAUCAUCUGAUACAA